AUGGCGGAGCUUAAUAAGGAAGAUGACCUCGUUACUUCGCCUAUUUUACACUUCGUUCAAGAAGUCAUACUCGUACUGGUCAUAACCGCAGCCAUCGUACUUAACUUUUCCGUCGUUUAUGUUAUUUGCAGAAACAAACAUCUCAGGAAGAUCACCACUAAUAUAUUCAUUUUAAACCUGGUCGUGUCUAACGCUUUAAUGGCGAUAUUUGUGAUGCCACUGAGCUUGGCAACGUUUAUAAGAUUGGGUUGGACCAUUGAUUCAUCGCUUUGUAAGAUGAAUGGAAUUUCCAGCACCAUGUUAUGCUUUGCAUCCAUCUCGACUCUAUGCUGUAUCAGUGCUGAUCGAUACUUAGCAGUGGUCAGACCAAUGCGCUACAAGCAUGUACUGACCCCUAAGAAAGCGUUGUACAUGCUCACGCUGGUGUGGCUAGGAUCUCUAUCUCUCGCUUGUUUGCCUUUGAUCACGAACUACGAGUUUCACCCUGGAACAAACCACUGCUCCCCUGCAUGGCACCGUAGCUGUGAAUUAUACGGAUUUAUGACUGUUUUAGCCCUCGGAAUACCUCUAGUAACUCUUCUUUCCACUUAUGGCAUGAUAUAUUCGUCAGUGCGUAAGCAUACUAAAAGAGUUUCUCAUUGGAAGGUUUCAACAAGUGCCACAAGCGGGUAUUGGGACAGCACGUGCGUACGAGAAGCUGAAAUCACAGGACACGAAAUAGACUCGUUCCUCACUAAUUCAGCGCUUGAUGAAGAACAGAACGUAACAGAACGGAAUUUCAGUAGAUUCAAAGAGUCUGUUGAUCAGAAUGAUUCGGAAAAGUCCAUUGCACGUUUCAGGGCUUUUGGAUGCAAGGAAGAAUCUUUCAAGUCAGACGUUCCAGACAGACUGCGAGACGAAAAGUUUCGAUCGUAUUCUGCGGGAUGCCAGCACGCUGGAAUGGACGAGAAUCCUCUUCCUUUAUUGUUACGAAUGAAGUUAGCUGCGCGACCGCGAUCAUGCUCUGUCAGCGUGAAGUUGUCUGUCAGUGAGCUCGUACCAGGAACAGUUUCACCUUUUUUCAGCCGGCGUGGCCUGGUAGGAGAACAAUUGCACAGAUCACUAAGCCUAGGUAACUACUGCACACCGAAGGAUAAAAAGUCUAUUUCGUCAGAGCCAAAGUCGCGCAGCACUGUAGAAUUGAACCAGACCACUGAUUCAAUCAGGGAAGAAAAGCCUUCUCAUUCAAUUAGUUUUACAGUAACCAACGCUUCUACUCCCGCGGCGAGCCCCGACUUAAAAAUUCCAGUCCCGUUGUCUUUGAACAGAGUGAUUUUGCCAGAUCAGAGGUUUUCCGGAAACCACCAUGAAACGUCACAGUGUUCAGAUGAGUCGAGACAAGCAUGGAAUUCAAAAACCAGUUCUAACCAACUUCAGUUAUCGCCAACUCCAAUCCCUAUUUAUGAUAAACCUGUUACUCCGCAUAACCCUGAUCGUGGUAGGAAAGAAAAUUUACCAGAACUGAUCCCUCAGCCGAAAUCUCGUUCGCGAUCUCUCAGUUUUGGAACGUUGCAUGACGCGUCUGACAAGAAACCAACGUUGCUUAAAGCACCUACCGCGCAGAAAAUAAGCUCGCCCUUAUUACGACUUCGGGCGAUUUCAAAAUUUAAAAGCAAACUUCGUGUUAGCGUCGUACCGCGCGAGUACAAGGUGGCUAAAAUCGGGUUCAUUCUCGUGAUGGUUUUUUUCUUAUCUUGGGGUCCGUACAUGAUGGUGCAUAAUUGUCAGCCCUCUUACAAAACCCCUCUGUGGGUGUACCGAAUAGCCAUGUGGUUGGUGUACUUGUCAUGUGUUUUGAAUCCUAUCGUUUAUGCAUUAUCAAGUAAACAUAUCAGAACAGCUUUCAGGAACCACAUGAGGUGCGGUAAAAGACUAAAUGCUCGUAUAUCAGUGCGUCGUGCGCGACGAAGAGCGGCAACGAUAGCUUGAAUAACAGCUAUGUUCGUAGAGAACAAAUUAAUGUAGGAGUGGAUCUUUAAAAUGCGCAAUCCGUAGUUAUGGUUCCUUGUGACAUUCAACUGAAAAAUUUUUAUUGUUAUAUCCUUGACUUGUGGUGCUAUAAAUAUUCUAAGAGGCUCCUACAAUAAAUUGUUGAAAUAGUAGGUGGUCAUCUAGAGGAAAGAAUUAACUCCUUGAACAGUGCUGUAUGGUGUUGGUGACUGCCCAAAUUGACAUACCACCCAGUAUUAAAAAUUCAAUGUAAAUCUAUUCUGCUCAAGUCCAAGUUUACCCUCAGCAUCAAGAGAAAAGUGAGUGGUGACAAAAUCACUAUAUUUACAGUGCAAUGGUAUCUAUGAAAUGUAAUCUUCAUUUAAACACGAUCAAUUCAUCAGCCCAUAAAAAAUACAUAUCACAUACG